AUCGAGAUACUAUAAAAUGGCUCGAGGAAACCAGAGAGAAAACGAUCGCAAGAAGAGCCAGAAAAAGAUGGCUGGAAUGGUACAGUCCACUUCCUUUUUCGCCCCAACAAAAAUUUCUUCAAUGCGACUGACAAUUGUUUUUCUGCUCUUACAGAAAAGCAAGAACACCAUGACUGGAUCCGAACAGCAACGCGCGAGAGAGGAUGUGGCUGCGAAAAUGCGUGAAAAGCAAAAGGCCGGUUGGUGAACCCCCGUUGCAUCCCUGUCACCACGAGGCGUUGGAACAUGAAUUAACAUCUUUAUUUCAUUGAUUAGCCGACGAGCGCAAGGCUGCCGCUGGUCAGAAAUAAGAACCUCCGAAAUACCUGUAUAGCCUCCUUCCGACUCGGA